AACCUUUCUUGGUUUUCGUGCUUGUUUUCUUGAAUUUUCACCCCACAUGGAAGCUCAAGAUGAUCAAGAAAAUAAUGGAUCCAGUGAAAAUGGUCCUUCUUCAUCUUCUUCGAAUACUUUUAAGGUGAAGAUAAAGAUUCCUAUUCGUAAGCUCGUUAAAGAUGAGGAAAAGAUCAAAGUUGAUGCUGACGGAGAUGAGGAUCUUUGUAAGGAAGAUGAAAAUAAAGUUCGCGAAGAAAAAAUAGAUUUCUUCGCGAAACUUAAGAAAGAACAUAUAUGUUGUGAGUGUGGCAAAGAGUUUAGCUCGGGGAAAGCUUUAGGAGGUCAUAUGAGUAGUGCACAUGUUCAAGCAAAUCAAAGAUUGGAAGAGUUAAGAAAGUGGAAGAAGAAUUUUAGUCAAGAGAAAUCUUCAAAGUUGAUGAAAAGAUUUGAUGAUAAUGAUGAUGAUGAAGAUGAAGAUGAUUUUGGAGAUGGGGUUUUUGAUAAUCAUGAGAUGAUGAAAAUAAUUUGUGAUCUUUGUGGUAAGGAUUUUCCAUCCAAGAAAUCUUUAUUUGGUCACAUGAGAUGUCAUCCUGAUAGAGAUUGGAGAGGGAUGAAACCCCCUAGCGGUAGUAAAAAAAGCGCGAAAAAUGGGGGUUUUCGAGCUAGUUUUAAUGAUUUUGAUGAUGAUGGGGAUGAUGCUAAUGAUCGUUUUGAUGUUCUUCGAGAUGAAGAAGAAGAAGAGAGAAGUAUUGAUGUUAAUGUUGCUGCGCUUUCGCCUCCUCCUUUGAGGAUAGAUUUAAAAGAUUGUGUAAAGAGUUGGGGUGUGACAGAUAGGCGAGGGCGAUCCCCUCUUACAAAGAAGAGGAGUGUUAGUGGUACUUGCCCAGAUGAAGAAGGAGUUCAUCUCGCAGCUCAACAGCUCUUAAGUUUAAUCAAUGGUGAUAACAACAACAAUAACCAUAACUCGGAGGUCAUUUGCAGCAGCAAUUCAGUCAGUAGUGCUCCUAAAGAAGCUUCAUUGAGCGAUUUGAAGGAUAAACCCAAGAGAAAGGCAGCUGUUGAUGAUACUGAAGGAGCACAUUGCGGAGAAACUUGCUCAGAUUCUCCAGUUCAUAAGAAGAGGAGGCGCGAGAAGGUGCUAGUCAAAUUGGAACCCGGCAAAGACCCAGUCCCCAGCCCGGUCAUCAAGAAAACCCCGGAUGUCAAAUACACAUGUAAGAUAUGUGGCAAGAUUUUCGCGAGUCACCAAGCACUAGGUGGUCACAGAUCGAGUCAUAACAAGUUCAAGAUUACUAUUGAGAACACGAUCGAUCAUCAUCAAGAUCAAGAAAUUAAGGCUAGAAAUCAAGAAGAUAUUAAUACUCAAGUCCAUGCUCAUCAAGAUGUUCAAUUGGGAAAUCAAGAAAUCAAUAAUUACAACAUUAUUGAUCAACAUGGAUCUAAUAAUAAUAAUGCUCAUAAGUGCGAAAUUUGUGACAAGAUUUUUCCUACUGGACAAGCACUAGGAGGUCAUCAAAGGAGCCAUUGGACAAAUAAUCAAGAAGAAUCUUCAGGUCAAAAUCCAAGUAAAGUUCUUGAUUUUGAUCUUAAUGAAUUGCCUGAAUUGCCUGAUUUAGAUGAUGAUUAUUACAGAUAA